CGGGCCAUCUCUGCAAUUUUACUUCAGAGCAACUCCAGCCCUCUCUACACGCAUCCGACGUUCCGAAGAAAAACACCCGACUCCGCCCCAUCUCCGUCUCCAACGCCCGCCGCCGUCGCCUCUGCAUCACACGCUCCCUCCCCUCCGUCCUCACCCACAGCCGCCGCCCCGGUCCCUGCAGCGCCUCCCCUCCCACGACCUCUCCAACGACGGCAAUCCCCAACCGCACAGGAAGGAGGAAGGAGAAAGGAGGAAGGAGGAAGAAGAAGGGGAGGAAGCCGAGGAGGGGAGGAGGAGGUGCGUCGGCCGUCGUCUUGUUCCGUUCCCGGCUGUCGUCUUCUCCACGUGCCCAUCCCGCGCCCACCGCCAGCCCCGCCCCGUCGUCCCGCUCCGGCCAGCGGCCGCGCUCGGCCGCCUGCCGGUGGAGGAGGAGCCCCGUCCUACCCCGGCGACCCUUGCCGGCCCCUUCCCCGUCGCGUCCCCGCUGUCGGUCCGGCUCGUGUCUUCGUCGCCGUGAAGCUGUGCUGCCAAAUCAGGAGCACCACCAGAUUGUAAGGGCUAGAAAACUACUAUUGGAGCACUCCAGUACUCAAUAAAACAAUAAAGUUCGAUGUGGACAGCACUACAACUAGGAUUCAUCUCGAUACAGCCCAACAGCUCAUUCACCAUUCCUCUCAACCAUUUCGCCGCUCUUCGAAUUCAGAAAAGGCGGCGGCGUCUCCACCUUCGCCGGAUUCCGCCACCGAUGGAUCCCGCAGCGCCAGGGAGGUUCGACAGGCUCCAGAGCUCCUUCAAGAUCUCCGUCCAGUGCCUCCUCACAGCCUGCUCCCGCGAGGUUGUCAAUGAGGCUUUCUCCUCAUUCACCGAUGCCGAGAAGGCGCGUCUGCACCUAAUGGUCACACUUGUGCUGAAGAAUAUGCAUGUCAACAUAAUGGAUGAGUUUAAUGACUUCUGCGAAGAAACACAGGUGGCUGCUGCCCUUGACAAGAUAGAUGACUUUGUUGAAGAGCAAAACCUGGACGCAUUAGCUUCAGAGAAAACUACUGUUGAAGAAAUCCAAGAAAAGGUAUCAAGAGCAAAGAAGGAUGAAGUUGAACAUUUGACUGGUUUACUAAAGAAGGUUGAAAAAAGCAAGAAUGCCAUGAAAGCUCGAAUUGAACUCCUGAAGAAAGGGGAGGAUUCAACUGCUGCAACAGAUGUCCUCAAUAAGUUGACGCGGUGGAACAGUGCACUCGUGUUGUGUCAUGACGAGCCACUGACGCUCUGCGCUCCUGAACAACAAUAGCCUUUGAAUCUUGUCAUGAUGAUUCAUUGGCGUCAAAGGACAUCUUUGUAUAGAUAGGAUGACAUGUGAAUACGUCAUUCAUGGAUCAGCCUGGAUGUUAUGUGAUGAUUAAGAAUUGCUUAUGCAUGUUAUGUAUCGUGCAAUAAACACAUUGUCUGUGCUUUGGAUAUAAUUCUUAGAACCAUGAAGUAAUCGCAACGUUCCUGCAGUGUUUUAUCUC